UCACAGGGGCAGUGUGGGAACCAAACGGAACGAAACGAAAAGUACGAGAAAUCGUACUCGUACGAGUAUUCGUACGUAGGUACGUACCGUACGGUAGCAAGUUGUUGUUGUUGUUGUUGUUGUUGCGUUGAAGGCUUUGUUGUUCUCUUUGUUGCCAUCGAUCCGUGGAUCCAGGUGCUUGUCCGACACAAGGAGGUGCCCCAUCGAACACCGGAGGCCAUACGAAGGCACACACACACACAAACACACGCACGCACGCACGCACGCACACAAACCCAGCCAGCCAGCCAGCCACACACACACACACACGACAGAGAGCAAAAGACGAAAGGAUGCCCCCCGGUCGGAAGGAACGCGACGUCCUGGCCCGACAGAAAGAACUCGCGGCCAUCAUGGCCGCCAAGAGGAGGCCGGCGGCGGGGGCGAAAGGAAACUCCGCAACCGCCGGUUCUUCGACCGGCCUUGCCGCGAAGCGCCCACGCGUCCGCGGGAGGUCCUCCGGGAAUCCUUCCACUUCCUCCCCGAUCAUCGAUCUCACCGGAAGCAACAGGGACGGAGGCAACAAAGGCAACAAAGACAGCAACCACAACACCAGAGACAGGGGAACGGACAAGGCCGGUCCGCCUGGAAGCGGGACCACCGCUGCUUCCAAAAAAGUGGUCAUGGGAAUCCACAAGUCCUUCAAGCGGCGGUCCGUGAGUUCCGUCAUGGCGGAGGCACGGGCCAAGGCCAAGCAGCAACGAAUGGGAAAACUCGGGGAGGACGGCGGAGGAAGCGAAAGCGGAAGCGGGGGCAACGAAAGUACGGCCGGUGCGUCGUCGUCGUCGUCGUCCUCGCCACCGAACAAGCCGCCCGCCGCCCCCCAGGCGACGACGGGAAACGCCGAGGGAGACGAGGAACCGAAAAAACCCGCCCGGAAGCGCCUGGCCAGCCUGGUCCACAACGCCGCGUCCUCGUCGUCCGCAAGCAGGGAGGACUGGUCCGCGGGGCUGGCGACCUCCAACAUCACCCCCGACGACUUUUGGAAGAACAUCCGCAAGUGGGACUUUGUGGGCCAGCUGGCGCGGAUGCAGCUGGACGGCGGCCGGUCCCACGGAAGCGGGGGCGACGAGCCCGGCCGGCAGGAGGGGGUCGUCCCGGACACCUUUGUCAACGCCCGGCACUACGUGUCGGUCUGGGCCCCGCUCUGCCUCGCCGAGUGCCGGGCCCAGAUCCUCUCGGACAUUGUCACGGAGUGCGGACAAUCGAGGGGCGGCCGGAACGCCUCCCCCCUGGUCCUGGUGGCCGUCGAGCCCGCCACCGCCAGGGCCGGGAGGCACGUCCAGGGACCGGACUUUUCCGGGGGUGUGGGCGACUCCUGCCAGCUCGUCCUGCGGGUGCCGCGGGACCAGGGGCGGGGGGGCCCGCAGGGCCGGCACCACUUUUUCCCCCACGACAUUUGCUGCCUGGUCCCCGUCGAGAAAAAGGACCUGGUGGAGAACCUCCUCUUCCGGGGCAGCGGCGGGGGCCGGCAGGGCGGGGGGCCGAAGCUGGCGGCGGAGGAUCCCGAAUCGGAGGUCUUUCGGCACGCCUGCAUCGUCGGGCACACCGAGGCCCACCGGAACGAUCUGCACGGGCUCGUCCUGAGGGUGUCCAAGCGGAAGUGGGCCCGGGUGGGGAGCUCCGGCGGCAAGGCCGGGAGCGGGGGAUCGCAGAUGUACUUUUUCAAGAUCGGCUGCAACAUCACGGCCCUCCGGGAGUUCACCGCCCUUUCGAGCGUCGACACGAUCCCCCUCAAGAGCUACCUCUUCGGGACGGACCUCCGGGCCGCGGGGAAGCAAAACGGCGACGAGGCGAAGCCCUCCGAGCGCAAGAAGGCUCGGACCGGCGGAAACGGCAGGCCCGAUCCCCGCCGCAGCAACAAGGACUCCCUCCUCCGCAGGAUGGGCGGUGUAGAGGCCCUGGGAAAGGGCUUUACGGAAUACGCCCGGCGCAAGUUCAAUCCCUCCCAGCUCACGGCCAUCUCGGCCUCCUCCCAGGGGUACGGAGACGGCGGGUUUACGCUGAUCAAGGGGCCGCCGGGAACCGGAAAGACCACGACGCUGGUCAACAUCCUCAACGCCCUGCACAUCCGCCAGUUCAACAAGUACUACGAGGAGGUCCGAAAAAUCGUCGCCCUCCAGAGCGGAAACCGGCAGGCGGCCCUGGAGAUUGCCCGCAGGGCGAAACCCCGGCUCCUGGUCUGUGCCCCGUCCAAUGCCGCGGUCGACAACGUCAUCCUCAAGAUCAUGGAGGACGGCUUCAUCGACGGCAGGGGGCAGAGGUACAACCCCUCCAUCACCCGGAUCGGGGUGGGGCAGUCGGCGGCGGUCAAGGACGUGGCCCUCGAAACCAAGGUCGACCAGAUAUUGUCGGAAACCUCGGACCUCCUGCAGCUGGAAAACUCGAUCGCGGGCUUCCGGAUGGAACUCCAGCGCAUCACCACCGACAUUAUGAAGUGCCGGAAGAGGAUCCACGCCAUCACCAACGCCUCGCCGUGGCCACUGGGAAAGGACUGGGAAAUCCGGGUCGACGAGGAAAGCUUCGACGAGACGGGCAGGGUCUUUUUCGUCAACCACAAGGACCACACGACCACCUACGAAUGCCCUCCCCCCCCGGAACCGGGCGAGAAGCAGUUCCACCCGCGGAACAUGCCGGAGUACCACGCUUUUAUGGGCCGGACCGUCAAGCUCGUGGAGUCCUACUUUCGCAUCAAGACCAAUCUCGAGCAGGCAACGAUCACCAAGGGAUCGAUCGGGGCCGGGGCGAGGCACUUCGAGGUCAAGCAAAACCUCGAGAUGCACGUCCUGAACUCCGUCCACAUCGUCAUGACGACCCUCGGGACCGCCGGGAACAGGGCCCUCGAGGGCGUCGACAAGUUCGAGGUCGUGGUGGUGGACGAGGCGGCUCAGAGCGUCGAGCCGGCCACGCUCGCGGCGAUGCAGCUGGGGUCCCGCCACUGCGUCAUGGUCGGGGACCCCCAGCAGCUGCCGGCGACGAUCUUCAACGUUUCGGGGAAAAACAGCAAGUACGACCGGAGUCUCUUCCAGCGGCUCGAGGAAGCGGGCGAGAAGGUCUACAUGCUCGACGAGCAAUACCGGAUGCACCCCCAGAUCUCCCACUUUCCGAGGCACAUUUUCUACAAGGGAGCCCUCAAGGACGGUCCCAACGUGUCCAAAGCCGGGUACGGAAACCCGCUCGUGGAGGCCAUCACCUCGCGGUUGCCCGCCUUUCGGCCCUUCACGGUGCUCGACCUGGACUCGAAAGAGGAACGCGGGGGCACGAGCCUGUCCAACUCCACGGAGGCCGAUCUGGCCGUCUACCUGUACAAGUCGCUGAAGCAAAUCACCGACGGGGCGUCCGCGGCCUCGCGCGUAGCGGUGAUCACCCCGUACUCGCAGCAGGCGGGUUUGCUGCGGAGGAAAUUCGGCGACCUCCUCGGGAAAAACUACGCCCAGUUUGUCGAGGUGAACACCGUGGACGCCUUCCAGGGGCGAGAGGCCAAGAUCGUUGUCUUUUCCGCCGUCCGAGCCGCCGGAAGCCGCGGAAUCGGCUUUCUCAGCGACGUGAGGCGAAUGAACGUUGCCCUGACGAGGGCGAAACACUUUCUUUUCGUCAUUGCCAGGUGCAAAUCGAUUGUCGUCAAUCCCUACUGGAAAGACCUGGUGGAGCACGCCCGCGAUACGAAUGCCGUCGUUUCUGUGCCUAUCCUCCGGAAGGGCAAGAAAGGAAAGACAAACUUUGCUCCCGUGAAGGAAUGGAGGCUCGUGGGGACCCCACCGGCUCCACCACCACCACCUCCUCCUCCCCAAGCACCCGCGCCGCGUCCACGGGCACCUCCCGCCGAGGGAUCGAGUUUCCGGGACCAGCUGGCGUUUUUCCAGAACAACCCAAACAGCCUGGUGGCCCAGGCCUCCCAGGCAUCGGCGCCGUUGCCCAAUCCCCAGGCCCAGACACAGGCAUACCCGCCCAACAACAACCUUCCGCCGCAGCCGCCGCCAGCCCUGCCGCCACAAUAUCCAUCGAUGGGUGGCCCGAACAUUGCGGCACCGCCGCCUCCACCGCCACAGCCGGCUCCCAUGGGAUUUCCGCCUCUGGGCGUGUCGGCUCCACCACCGCCGCCGCCGCCGCCGGCUCCCACGGUGUUUGUACCCCAGGGAGCACCGGCACCACAGGCCAUGACUCACCCGGCUCCCUUGCCGUUUGCACCCCAGGCGGCCCCCGCCCCGCCACUGCCGCAGUACCCGGCUCCCGCGGGGUUUGCACCUCCGCUCGCACCCGCUCCACCGCCGCCGCCACCACCACCGGUGCCACAGCCACUGCAAUACCCGGCUCCCGUGGCCUUUGCACCGCAAGGGGCACCCGUCCCGCCUCUACCGCCUCUACCGCCACCACAGCAGCAACAGCAGCAACAACUCCCGGCUCCCGUAGCCUUUGUGCCCCAGGGGGCMCCCGUCCCGCCUCUACCGCCACCGCAGCAGCAGCAGCAACAACAACACCCGGCUCCCAUAGCCUUUGUGCCCCAAGGGGUCCCCGCCCCGCCUCUACCGCCGCCACAGCAGCAACAACACCUGAUUCCCGUGGCCUUUGUCCCCCAGGGCGUGCCCGCCAUGCCUCCACCGCAAUACCCGAAUCCCGCGGCCGUUGCUCCCCAGGGUGCGCUGCCCGGCCCACCGCAGCACCCGGCUCCCGGGGCCUUUGCCCCACAGGGCAUAAUAUCCACCCAGCCGCCACCUGCACCCCCAACCGGAUUUGCGCCGGCUCCGCCACCGCUGCCGCCGCCUCAACCCAACAUUGCGGACCCGAGAAUCGGAGCCCCCGUGCAGGGAAACGACCCCAGACGGAACUACGGCUGCAACAUGGACCCAAGAAGGCAAAGGUAACCCUGACUCAAACUCUAGAUGCUAUAAAGAUCAAGUAUGGGU